AGAUAAGAAUAUUUUUCUUUUAUCUUUCUUUUCCUAUAUCUAUACAUAUUAGUUUGCUGACUGUUGAUUGACGCUGUUUUGUCGAAGCUUUAUCAUGAAUUUUUUGGUGUAUCUUCUGUUUGUUUUGUCUGUUUUUUUCAAAGAUGCAGAAAUAUGUGCAGAUAACGGUGAUGUAAAUAUCCAACAAUGCUGUGCUACUUUCAGAGGUUGGACGGAAGACGAAGAUUGUGAUCAUGGCAGAGCCAGAGUAUGCUGUAAAUUUGCAAAAGGGAACUUUAAUAAUUAUGAACGUUCUGAAAAAUUUUGUGAAGACCAUUGCAAAAGCAGAUCGGCAACCGUAUCGGCCUUCAAAAGGUGUACAGCAUUAGCAAGACGGCUGGACGUAUUGAAAUGGUGUUCUUGUCAUAAAGAUUCUUUUCCAUCGUCAACUCUAUCACCGUCAUCAAAAACUUUUCAGUCAACAAGAACGAGAACUCCUACCAUAACCACAGAAAUAAAACGUUCCAAGGAUUCGUCAACUUUAGCUACAAUUAAAGCGACAACUUUAUUGUCUUUGACCACAAGUAAAGAUUGGAAAACGACCAGUUUUUUAAAUGAAGAUUUUUCUCCAUCGUCAACUUAUUCACCGUCAUCAAAAAGUUUUGGAACAAGUACAAUCAUAACUCCUACCACAGCAACUGAAAUAAAAAGUUCAAUGAAUUUAUCAACUUUAGCUACAAGUAAAGCGACAAGCAAAGUAAAACCGUCUACAACUUUAUCAACCCUCACAACCAAAGAUUUUUCUCCAUCGUCAACUUAUUCAUCGUCAUCAAAAAGUUUUGGAACAAGUACAAUCAUAACUCCUACCAUAGCAAGUGAAAUAAAAAGUUUAAUGAAUUUAUCAACUUUAGCUACAAGUAAAGCGACAAGCAAAGUAAAACCGUCUACAACUUUAUCAACCCUCACAACCAAAGAUUUUUCUCCAUCGUCAACUUAUUCAUCGUCAUCAAAAAGUUUUGGAACAAGUACAAUCAUAACUCCUACCAUAGCAAGUGAAAUAAAAAGUUUAAUGAAUUUAUCAACUUUAGCUACAAGUAAAGCGACAAGCAAAGUAAAACCGUCUACAACUUUAUCAACCCUCACAACCAAAGAGACACGCUCUCCACGUGAGAAGCUCAACUACUUGAAGAAAGAUUUGAAAAACAUUACUUUAAGCCGUCCUAAAGCAUUUGAGAUGAUUUCGAGUUUAGUCAACGAAUUUCUUCGAGAAAACCCGUUGGAUGCAGAAUUAAUAUUGCACCUUCCCACCAUAUUUGAAGACAAACUGGUAGAGUUAAUUUCUGUUGCAAACCAAAGUUUUCCUCACAGAUCUAUGACAAGAAAUGAAAAAGAAUUUGUUGUUUCCAUUGUGCACUUGUCGUCAAACGUGUCAAUAAAAGAAAAAUUUUUCAACUUUCCUAAUGUGGAGCUGAACGGAAUGCAACAUGAAAAUCUUAUGGAUUCUAUAAGUAUUCCAUUGAGCUUGUUUGACACUGUUGCUCCCUUUUUUGUUGGCGUUCUGUAUCAUAAUUUUGGCAAUCAAUCGAGCUCAGCGAACUUCACAGAUCAGAUGUUGAAAUCAAACAUAAUAUCAGCCAAAUUGGUGCCUAAACCAACGGUGACAUUUAACAUCAGUUAUAAACUACAUACAGAAAAACAUACAAAGAAACCAUUUUGUGCCUUCCUUAAUACGUCUAGUGACACGUCUUUCUCAACGGAAGGAUGUUACGUCAUUUCUUAUUCGAAUGAUUCGACCGAAUGCACGUGCAAUCACAUGACAAGCUUUGGUGUAAUCGUAAAAAACGAAGAUGACGAAAUGGUACAAUCCAAACACCGCAAAGCCCUCACAAUCAUCACAUACGUUGGUUUGACUUUCUCCUUGCUUGGAGAUGUGUUGACUGUCUUGAGUUAUGUUAUACUUAUCGGAUUGAAAUCUGAGCAAUCACAUCUUCACAUAAACCUGGCGUUCUCCUUGGCUCUCGCUCAGACUUUCUUUAUCGUAGGAAUUAGCUCGAACGGCAACGAGGUUUGUAUAUCAUGUGAUUAUCAGCAGAGUAAUUGCUUUCACGUAUUAUGUUACUAUAAAUUGUUUUGUCAUUUUCAGAUCUUUUGUCUCAUCGUGGCAUCUCUCAUUCAUUAUUUCUACCUUGUUACCUUUUGUUGGAUGUUUUUUGAAGGAUAUCAUCUUUAUCUUAUGAUCGUUAAAGUCUUCAACGACAAAAGCAAGGUCAAAUUUUACUACAUCUUCUCCUGGGUAACACCGUUAAUCGUUGUUAUAUCUUCACUCAUUUCUGCGGAAGCUUCAUUUGGUAUUUAUGGCUACCUCUCCGAUGGCAACUUUUGUUGGAUUUCAUAUGAAAACAAUUUCAUUUGGUUUUUCAUUGCUCCUGCUUUGCUCAUAUGUUUGAUCAACAUUAUCAUGGCGUCUUUAGUACUGCGCGAAAUGUACCGUAUGAAUAAGAAACAUACAGUUAAAAUUUCUGUACAGUUCAGAAAGUCACUAAAAGCUUGUCUAUAUAUAUCUCCCAUUCUUGGAUUCACUUGGGUAUUUGGGGUCCUAGUGAUCAUCAAACAUUCCCUAGCUGUGGAGUACAUCUUUACCAUUCUGAACACAUUUCAGGGAUUUUUCAUAUUUUUGUUUUAUGUGUUGAGAAGCAGUGAGAUACAAUCUGCUUUCAAACAAAAGAAAGAACGUUGGACAAUGUCUAUGUAUGUAACCAAUCGACCAUCCAUUUGUAAGAAAACAACAGGAAAGGCUCCACGGAACUUAAUUACACCAGUGAAGGGUUAUGUGAUUGAAUCAUCUAAAUGCCAACGUCGUGCGCUCUCUACUGAGGCAAAUAAACACGACCAGGUAAAGUCUGCCAAUUGGCAAAACCUUCAAUACACUUCCAAUGUUGAGGGCUCUGGCAAUAAAGUUAGGAAUUAGAGUUCUGGUCCUUACACAACAUCAUUCAACGUAUCUCAUGAAAGUCUUACUAGUAAGAAUUCUAACACCACUGAAAUGCAAGAUGUAAAUGAUUUAGAAACGUGUACCUAACGUGGAUAAACAUGAAAGUUGCUUUGAUCGAUUGUUCUUAGAGUAAAUAUGAAUUUAGUGCUCAAACCUCUCUUAAAAAGUCAGAUUUUAAAAUAAAAACAAUAUUAGUUGUAGCACAGCGAUCAAUUAUUUAUUAAACGACACAUGUUGAA